CCCACAUGAGCGUGCUCCACAGGCGCCCCACAGCCCAUCCCAUCCGUGCAUUGCACGGGGCCCUACCAGUAUGGAAGGAACAAAGACUGUUAGGUGGUUGUGACUCGCGAGUUGUGAACUUCGGUCAGUACGACUGAAUUUUACAGAACAGAUAUCUCUCUUGCUGUGUUCUUGAUGGGACCGAAUCGACGAAUGAUUUAAUUCCAAGGUUUCAAGUAAAUGGUGAUAUUUUCGAAAAUGUAUGAGCUUCUAAGAUUGUCCAAACAGCUAAAGAAAGUAGAGUCAAGCCUAUUUUCUAGAGAGGGAAGGUCUUCAUGAUAGCCGGUGAAUUGCAUGUAGUUUUGAUCUUGAUGACUCUACACAAUAUGCCAAUUUUUUCUUGCCUAAUUAAGGUUAAGAAAAUCAUGUUCUUAACUUCUUGUGCAAUUAAAGCCUGCAAAAAUUUCAAGCAAGAGUAAAGUGAAAAUGAAAGAUCGAAACACCAGUUCCACCCUCAAGCGCAUCUUAGUAAGCUGUGCAUCUCAGGCGAAAGAAUAUGGGAGUUGUGUUGCAAAAAAGGUUCCACAGGUUGAACAGGACAUGUGUUUGAAAGAGUUUCUCGCAUUAAAAUCAUGCAUGCAGAAGCUCAGAGGAAGAGUUUGAGAUCAAAUUCCUCCUUUCCCAAUCUACUGUCAUUCACUGAAUUCCACAAUUGCUGGUCAUAAAGCUCAGAGACAAUAAAAUUUGAAACAUACAGAAAACAUACAUUGUGUUAAAUUGAGAAUUUGAUAUAGUGUAGUGGCUUUUGUAUGGAAUGAUAUAGUCCUCCAAAUUUUUACUUGGCUAUUGUUACUUCGGUAUUUCCCCUUCUGUGUGACCUUAAAGUUCAUAAGCAGAAUUAAGUGACUAGUAAAAUUCUACUAUAACUUAAAGACAAGAAAACUGAAACAUGUCUGCAAAAGCAUUAAAUUCACAGCCUGGCGUUGCUUUAGGUGGAUCUGGGACUCUAUCUCAUGUUUAUAUUCAGCAUCCUCCUCUAAGAUGUACAAUUCCUGGUUCAAAAGGUCUAUUCUAUGAUGAUGGAAAUAAAUUGCUGCUAUCAGUAACUUCUGAUCAGGUCUUUGCAUGGAAAACUGUUCCACUUACUCCACCUGAUGCUCCUAGCUGUGAUUCUAUAGGUGAAGGGCCUGUGCUUUCUGUUCGCUAUUCUCUAGAUGCAAAGGUUUUAGGGAUUCAACGAUCAAAUCAUGAGAUUCAGUUCAAGAACAGAGAAACUGGGGAGGCUCUGAUUCAUAGAUGUAGGUUGGAGUCUGAGAUCAUACUGGGUUUUUUUUGGAUAGAUUGUCCAACUUGCGAUGUUGUAAUUGUAAAAACUAGUGGGCUGGAUUUGUUCACAUAUGAACCUGAGGUUAAAAUUCUCCGCCUGGUGGAGACAAAGAAAUUGAAUGUCUGCUGGUAUGUUUAUACACAUGAAAGCCGGAUGGUUCUUCUUGCUUCUGGAAUGCAGUGCAAGACAUUUACUGGAUUUCAGUUUUCAUCUGGGGGAAUUAUUCGGUUGCCAAGAUUUGAUAUGGCAAUGGCUCAAGCAGAGGUGAACAAAAAACCUGUUCUUGCUGCAGAAGAUGUGCAUAUUGUUACAAUAUAUGGUAGGAUAUACUGCUUGCAAGUUGAUAGAGUUGCUAUGCUGCUGCACUUAUACAGAUUUUACCGAGAUGCUGUCAUCCAGCAGGGUUCGUUGACAAUUUAUUCAAGCAAGAUUGCAGUCAGUGUGGUUGAUAAUGUACUUCUUGUUCAUCAAGUGGAUGCCAAAGUUGUUAUACUCUACGACAUGUUUGCAGAUUCCCGAGCACCCAUAUCUGCUCCACUUCCUCUUUUGGUCAGGGGUUUGCCCAGGGCUAAUGCUUCUUCAUCCCGGUCAAGUAUCAAUGAUGCAUUACAUAUAGAGACAAAUGAAAUGAGUGAUCAUGAAGGAUCUGUUUAUGGAGAGGGCUGGAUUUUUCUUGUUCCUGACCUUAUAUGUGACUUUGUUAAUGGCUUUUUGUGGAGAAUUCAUUUGGAUCUAGAGGCUAUUGCUGCCAGCAAUUCAGAAGUGCCCUCUAUUUUAGAUUUUUUACAGCGACGGAAGUUGGAAACCAACAAGGCUAAGCAAUUAUGUUUGGCAAUAACAAGGGCAGUAAUUCUUGAACGAAGACCUGUAUUGAUGGUUGCCAGAGCAAUGGAUGUACUCGUUAACUGUUUCUCUCACUCAAUGAAAAUGGGAGGUGCUAGAAGAACAGUGAGUGGUGAGAGCACUUCAACUCCUACCACCCAACAUGGGAAUAACUCUAGGACUGUGGUUGAUGACCCUAUGAGCAGAGUACAGACACAUGGAAGAUCCACCAAACAUGAACCUGCAACUGUCAGUGGUGUGGUCAGUGAAUCUAUACACUACAGGACCAAAGAUGUGGAUAAUGAAUCUCUUGGUCUUACCACUUUUUCCACAAUAGAUAGAUCAUCUACUCUUUUGGUUUCUCAUUCUGAGGAGAAUGUCAACUUGGCACUGCAGAAUACCAGUUCAGGAGAGCCUCUUCAAAAGCCUCUAUCAAGCGAGUUUCAUGAUUUGGGAACAAAAGAGGGGAUAAAAAGUAUAGAUGCUGGAACUUCUGAUGUUGAGGCUGAGCAGUCAAGUUCAGAAUCUCAACUUUCUCCUAGCAGCAGUCGAUUUGACUCUAAUGUUUCUGUGGAGUCACAAGUUCCUUCCGCAGCAAUUUCACCUGAUGAAAUGUACUGUUCUGUAUUUGCUCUCAUUGAGGAAGAGAUGGCUGGAGACCCUGCUUAUUUGGUUGCUAUCAUUGUUGAAUACUUACGGAGUGCGGCUGUGGAAAAACUCAAAGUACAUCCAAAUCUGUAUGUUUUGACUGUACAACUGCUAGCUCGUAGUGAUCGUUAUGCAGAGCUUGGGUUGUUUGUCAUGAACAAGAUCCUUGAACCCUCAAAAGAGGUUGCACUACAACUCUUGGAGUCAGGUCGACAGAAUUUACCUACAAGGAAGUUGGGUAUGGAUAUGCUACGACGGCUAUCUUUGCAUCAUGACUAUGUUUUGCUGCUGGUGCAAGAUGGAUAUUAUCUUGAAGCUUUACGUUAUGUACGGAAGAACAAGGUAGUGAUUCUGAAGUUAGAAAGGCUCACAGAAGCAAUGGUGAAUGUGCAGGUCAAUACCAUCCGGCCUUCAUUGUUUCUUGAUGCAACAAUUUCGUCCAAUGACCUGCAACAUUUGGCAGCGGUCUUGAGGUUCUUCUCUGAUUUUAUUCCUGGCUUCACAAACACAUCAGAUCAUGAGACAUAUUAUCGCAUUCUCAAUGAGAUGAACUCAUCUGUAGCUGCUUGAGGUGUAUCCCUAAUGCAUAGCGUUUUUGUAGCUUUAAACAUGUCAGUCACGACCAAUGUUGUAUUUGUGCGAAAUGUGAUGUUUGACUAAUACAUGCAGCAUAAUGGUGUAUCGGGGUGCACAUCAUUGGUCUCUAAUGGACUGUAGUCAACCAUUGAACUGUUAACCCAAAAUUCAGAAGCGAAUAUGAAUAUAUAAAACAUGACAUGGUGCAAAACUUACGCUUUGACACCUCAGUUACAACUUACGUUGUAGUUUGCAGUGCGAAACUACCAGAUGUUGAAUUUUGUUAUUGUUGACAUUGAGCAUUUUAGGCUGCAUGAUUGUGUUGUAAUUUUGAAAUAAUUUGGGGCAGAGGGAGGCUUACAUUUUAAUCUCUCUCUCCCUCCCUCCUGGUGCGUCCAUGUCCACCUUUGCAAGGUUUAUAGUUGAUUUUUGAUGUUGAAGCUUUGUAA